UAUUUUGAGUGCUCUUCGAGGUGCAGUUAUAACAACGAUUAUAUUGAAUCUUGCGUAAGUUAUGUCAGUGAUCCAUUCACAAAUUUGAUCUAAAUAUUUUAAGCACAUUGGCUCUCCCUUACCUCGAGACUGACUUGAGGUCUGUUAGAACUCCAGUCGUUAUUUAUCAUCUGAAUAACGUUAAGCACUGACUCACUAUUUUACAUUUUAUUUUGCGGAUUGUCUACGUAAGUAUGAUAAACUUUUUGUUUUGUAUUAGCAAAUGCCCAUUUAUUUAGUAGGUAAAGCACUUAGCUUACAACCCAGUUCCACUUUGAUUUGAGAACCUGGGUGAUAUCGUCAGCCUCCACAGUGUUUGGAUCAAAGCACAGAAUUUGACAUAUACCUAAUAAUGUCACGAUGUUAUAUCAAUCUUCUAAGUCUCCCCACUCAAGUUUGGAAGUAAAAAUGAGCUCAAACAAGGUGUCCACUUUUUGGUGGAUAAAACUAGUUAUCAUCUAUCGCUGAACCGUCACAAAAAGUGUCUUUCACAUAAAUGGAUUACUCAAGUGAUCCACUGACAGAUUGUCAGUCUCAAAUGUUAUCGUUCUGGGAUCUCAUACGUGUUGAAAUAGAUGGUCUAAAAUGUGACCAUGCCGCUUUCAAAACCCAGGACUUACCACUGGCUCGUAUUAAAAAGAUUAUGAAGUUGGAUGAUGAUAUCAAAUGUAUGAUGAUAAGCGCUGAGGCACCCAUAUUGUUCGCAAAAGCCGCUGAGCUUUUUAUACGAGAACUAACGUUGAGGGCAUGGAUCCAUACAGAACGUAACCGUCGGCGUACUCUUCAAAGAAAUGAUAUAGCAAUGGCAGUCAGUGAUGGCGACACAGAUCAAUUUGAUUUUCUUAUUGAUAUUGUACCACGUGAAGAAGCAAGAGGACAUCGUCGGCCAACGCAAACAACCUCAGCUUCAAAUGCUAAUGGGAAUUCAACGAAUAUUAAGUCGGAAAAUCCUUCACAUAGAAAUAAUUUUCUUACGAAUACAAAUGAUACUCACUCAUUAUCUUUAGGACAAAACUCUGGUCAAAUGGUUGUCUCCGGUUUGUCCAAUGAUGUUACAGGAUCUUCAACCCAACCACAAACAGUAACUGUUGCUCUGGCAUCUGCGGCCCUUGCCGGGGCAACAUCCGUUAAUUCAGCCAUUCCAUGUCAAACAUUAGUCCAACAAAAUCAACCUACAGCUGUUCAUUUUACAACGAUCUCUUCUGGGAAUGGUUUAGCCAUCGCCCAGUCUUCAGCUAAUUCUGGGUCAACUGUAAUAGCAGCUUCAGCACCUAAUGCCACCACAGUCGCUACCACCGCAGCUCCUUUGCAAUAUGUUCUUCAACUACCGGUUGGCACAGCGGGAGCAUCAGCUGGUCAGCCAUUUCAAAUACAAGUCCUUCCCCAACAUUUCAGGCAAACUGCUAACACUGACGCUGUAUCUGCCGGUCAAGCUGGUGCUAUCCUUGCCGAUGGAAAUACACUUCCUUUAGUUCAAGUUGUUUCUCAACCCGGUGGCAUAGCAGUUCCAAUCAUUCAAGAGGCUGGUGGCAGUCGAACUCAAAUUUUACAGCUUCAGAUGCCAGAAUCAACUGCUGGUCAACGACCGACCUUGUUUCUACAGCAAGCCGGUGCUCUGCUAGGGACUCACAUGGGUGCAGUAAUUGCCAGUGUAGAUGGUCAUUCUCAACAAAUUAUGUACAGUUUACAAGCACAACCUCUGGUUUCUUCAAACUCUUCAUCAAGAGCCCAAGUUCUUCUUUCAUUGGAUGAGGCAUCUGAAUGUAUCUCAUCUAUUGCAGAUUCAAACUGUAUAACAUCUAAUAACAGUAUUCAUGCUGGUGCUGCUCAGUUAUUAGACGAAGCAGCUAGUGAAUUAGAUAUUGCAUCAUCUGUUGCUGUACCACAUUCAGUAAGUACUGAAAUACUUGGACCUAAAGAUUACACUCCUCAUUCUACGGAGCUUGAUCACAAGCCGGUUAUAAACUCCGGUAGUGUUAUGAUUACUGAUGACCUUGUAGGUCUAACCGAAGGUCAAGCAGUCGAGAUUCACACCGUAGAGUCAAAUAACAGAGAGUGCUUGGAGUCUGGAGUUGACAGUAGUAAUCCGCACCCAACCGUUAUUACAGAUGAUGAUGAAACCGUUUGA